UGCCAUAGCUCCAUGUAAAGAGCGCUGUUCGACAAACAUAGGUGCUGCGUUCACUGCCCCUAACGAGUGUUUGGAAAAAGGACGGACUAGAGAGGAGAGGAGGCUGGGAUUUCUUUUAAAACACUCCCUUCAUCGUCCAACCUACCGUUUUUUUAAUGAUUUGUGCACUUGUUCCUCCGAAGACAUCUUUACUAUUUCUUCCUUUCUGUUUAGUUGGAUCUGUAAAGAGAUCUAUUAACUUAACCUUCGCCUGGAAGUAAACAGAAAGUUGCGUUUCGCCUUCGACGCGUCCUCCUCCUACUGCAUGCUUUUCCUGCCUCCAGCUUAACUGUGGAAACAGAAGAAAAAGAAAACUUUCUCAUGAGAAGGCUCUGCAGAGAGUUUCUGUCCGUCGCCUUCUAAUGGCUGGACAGGCAGUUUUCCUCCCCAAACGUCCAACUCUUCACCAGAGUCCUCUUCAUACAGACCAGCAAGCGUGAGACCCAGCCGGGCGCAGAUGGAUGAGACUGAAGGCCAGCGGGUGAAGCCUUUCGCUGAUGAAUCUGCGUUAUUGGCUGAGCCAAUCAACCCAGAAGACUCCCAUUAUGCUGAGCUGCGAGCUGAUCUGGAGAGCGACUCCCGCGGUCUGGAGGCGGAGUCCUGGAGCUCGGCUGUGGACCAGAACUACCUGAUGUCUCUGAACAAAGAGGCUGUCAAAAGGCAGGACGUAAUCUACGAGUUGAUCCAGACUGAGAUGAACCAUGUGCGAACCUUGAAAAUCCUCCUCCACAUCUACAUGUAUGAGCUGAAGAAGUUCCAAUCCAUCAUCAACCUGGAGAAGCUCUUCCCCAGCCUGGAGGUUCUGCUCAGCCUCCACUAUGUCUUCCUCAAGUCCCUCAAAUCCCGGAGAGAUGAGAGUCGGGAUGAGGACAAUCCAAAUAACUACUACAUCACAGAGCUGGCGGAUGUCCUCAUCGAUCAGUUUUCAGGUAAUCUGGGAAUACAGAUGGCGACGGGUUACGGCGACUUUUGCAGCCAUCACAGCGAAGCUGUCAGCUACUACAAGGAGCAAAUGCAGAGCAACAAGACGCUGCAAAUUUUGAUUAGAAAAAUCGAUCAGCUGCCUCUGGCGCGAAGAUUAACGAUUCCUGAAUGUUUCUUGCUGGUGACUCAACGCAUCACAAAAUAUCCGGUUCUGUUGGAGCGAAUCAUCCAGAACACAGACGCUGACACACAUGAGCACAGGCAGCUGGAGAAAGCUCUGGAGCUGAUCAAGCACACCAUCUCCCAGGUGAACACCCAGCUGAGUGAAUGUGGGAAGACCGCUCGCCUCAGAGAGAUCAUCAAUCGACUGGAGCAAAAGACUCAGGCCAAGCUGAAAGAUGGCCGCUGGUUCUGGAGAGACGACCUGAGGCACGGCAACAGGACGCUGGUGCAUGAAGGACCCCUGACCUGGAAGUUGUCCGGUAAACAAAAAGAAAUUCAUGCUGUGCUGCUGUCAGAUAUGCUGCUUCUGCUACAGGAAAAAGAUCAGAAGCUUGUAUUUGCUGCCAUGGAUAGCAAACCGCCAGUCAUCUACCUGCAGGGAGUGAUUGUGAGGGUAGUGGCCAUGGAGGAAAGAGCCAUGUACGUCAUCUGUGCGUGUCCCUCCGGCUCGCCAGAAAUGUACGAGCUCUACACGAGCUCCAAAGAGGAGUGCAAAACCUGGAUGGACCUCAUACACGACAUGGCAGAAAGUUGCAGAGACAAUGAAGUGCACAAAGAAAUGGUUACUAAACUGCAGCAGUAUCAAGAUAAGUUGCAGAAAAGAGACGAGCAGAUAAAGAAAAGUCUGGAAAAGAAACAGGAAAUUUUUGCUGAACUUUAUCAUGACGUGUUGGGUCAGAAAAGCCUUUACAACGGGCUGCUGCUGCGAGGCGAUGCUUCUGACCUCCAGCAGGGGGAGCCCUUGUUGAAUGGGGCCAUCGAAGAGGUGGAAAAGUUACAGAACCUGCUCUUUAUGAUGAUUAAACAUCCAGCCGCUCCUGAGGGGGAAAUUGAGACACAGCAAAGUGUCAGGAGGGCACAGACCUUCAAAGGCUCUCUGGAUAAUCUGAUAGCUAAAAGCAUGAAAUACGAAGAUGCAGCUGAGAAGGUGCCACGCAGAUACAGCAGCUGUGACCUUCUGCUCAAGAACAUGUCGAUCUCUGAAGACCUGGGGAAGUCUACUGAUGAUGAUGAUGAUGAUGAUGAUGAUGAUGAAAGUGGAUCCCACCCAAAGCUGCUCUGUGGUUCAGCCUUCGGUGGAUUCCCUGGGACAGCGGUGCUCGAUAGCGUUCAGUCGCUGGCGCAGAAGCUCUGCAGCUUACAGGCCGUCAUCGCCCAGCAGGACAGCAGGAUCGAACUGCAGAAUCUCUCCCAGUCAAAGAGCAAGCUGCCCGUCCGCAGCAACACCAACGCGCUGCUUGAGAAGGAGAAAGAGCGCAACUUGGAGAAGCAGAGAGCAGAGCUGGCUAAGCUGCACAAGCAGCAGAACCAGCAUCGAGCAGAGCAGCAGCGCUGGGAGAAAGAGAGACAGAAGCAGCAGUUGCUGAUGGAAAGUCAGAACGCCAAGAUGCAGCAGCGGGAGGAGGAGUGCAGGAAGAAGGAGGAGGAACUAAAAGAAAAAGAGCUGAACCUGAAGCAGAGUCAGGAGACGUACCAACAGGACCUGGAGAAUCUGAGGGAGACCACACAGAAACUGGACAGGGAGAGGGAGAUGAUUGAACGGGAAAAGGAACGUUUGGAAAAGAUGAAGGCAAAGCUUGUCAACCAUUAUGACGAUCCGACAUGGUCUCCGGCGCUCUCCACUGCCCCAUCAUUCAGGAGCAGCAUAGUAAACGGAGCAGGGACUCUGACCCCAGUUCCCAAUCCACUGGUCUUUACUAGUAACUCUCCUGACCCGGCAGAAUCUCCUCCGCGGGUUCCUCCCCGGAGCACCAGCAUCAGAAUGAGCAGGCAGAUGCUGCCGGUUCAGUUGAUGAGCACCACCAACCAGGUGCAGACCCCUGUGGAGGUGCAGCAGAAGAUUCCCAGGAAGCUGGCGGCCGAACCCAAAAAGAAGGAGAAAACCAAGUCAAAGCGCUCCCACAAGAGAGCCCACAGUGCAGCCAAUAUAGAUGUAACCCAGGUGAUCCCGAUCCGGGUGAUGGGGAAAGACAGUGGCAGUCUUAAAGCCCAAAUGAGCGCAAGUCCAAAAAGAGUCUUAAGUGCAGACACCUUCAGGACACCAGGAUCUGGUGACCUGAAGCCCAGAUCCUGGUCACCACCUUCAGGAUCUGGUCGGCUUCCCAGAACGGCUUCCCAGAACGUGAAGCCGUCUCAGUCGUUCAUCGCACCGAAGUGGAACAACGUUGGUUCUCUUCCACCGCGGCCUCCUCCCUUCCCGACAGACAUAAAUACGACAGAACAAGAAAAGGUUAUCGUUGUUUAACGGAGGAGUUUGGAUGUGAGCAGCAGGAAGAGAUUUUUAAUCCAGAUGAGAAAUCCUCGAAGAGUUGCACUUUUGCCAAAAAAAAAAAAAAAAUCCAAAAAGUUUGGCUUUUUGUAAUUAUGAAAAAUAUAUAUAUUUUAAAUGAUUAUUUUAAUACACAAAGACUCUGACCCAAAGUUUAUUUUUAUUUUAAUUAAACUCUUAAGCUUUAACUUUAACAGCUGUAAUAAUGUGUGUACAACUUUGGUUCAACAAGUUUACGUCUGUAAAUACAAAGAUCUUCAGGCUUCUGCUUCUCAGUUUGUGUACAAAUUGGUCCGACUUGUUCUUGAAAAUGAACAAUCCAUGUAGAUGGAAGCAGUUUGUGCAGACUGAGUUUUCACACAGUAUUGACAGAUAUUUAAAGUUUCCGACAAACGCGUUUGAGUUCAUAACAAUUCUGCCUCUGACAGCCUGAUCAUGUUUUGGUAUCAUCAUGUUGUUCCUGGUUGAAACUUUGUAAACAUGAACUGGUUUUGUGUAAAAAUGGUCAAACGUCAACUGAACGGCAUGCAAUUAAAACAUUUUAAAUUAAGAACUCAAA